GUGUGAUCCUCUGCUCUUUCUUAUAAGUUUCUGAAGGAAUCGAAUGUUGACAACCAUGAAAGUUUGUUUUGUUUUAAACCUUCUAAACAAAUUAAAAUUUUGUCAAUAAAAUUUUUAUUUAAUAAUAAGGAUUCAGGACCGCCAACAUUUCAACUGAUAAACAAUGACACCAUAACUCAAACGAUCCGCUCACCAAAGCAUGAUGUCCUCAACGGCUUUCCCGGAACCCCCGGCGGCUGCUGCCGCCGCCACCACCGGAGGCAGCAACGCCCCUUCCGCUAGCAGCGAAUGCCGCAUGCUGCUGAAUGUCGCCCGCUACUACGACGUCAUCUCCCGGCUGGUCGACGUUCUGGACAGGUGCACGGUGGUGCCGGAAGCGAUCACCGUUGUCCACCAGCCGGAUCUGCAGCAGGUGCUGGUUUGCUACGGCGAGGGUGACGAUGCGGACGAAAUCAUCGAAGAAUGUCCACCGGAGGAGAUAUUGGCGCUGGAUCAGGGCCUCGGGGAUGAUGGCGAUGACGAGAUGAUUGUGUUUGAGGAGACAGAGGAAGAGGAAGCUGGGGAGGAGGUUGGAUUUGAGGAGGUGGAGGCCGAUCUGCAGGAUCUCGUGGAGGAGGAACCGAUUGAGACGGACGAGGAGGUGAUUGAGUUUGAGGUGGAUCAGUUUGAGGAGGAGAGCGCCGUUUCGGAGUAUUUCGUGGAGUAUUUGCAGGAUGAGACGAGAUCGGAACUGGCGGAGGGAAGUGAGAAGGGAGAGGAGAAGGUGAAGGACGAGGAGCGGUUCAAGUGCCAGUUUGUGGCUUGUGAUAAACGGUUUGUGGAGUACCAGGAACUUCAGAGUCAUUUGAAGAAGGAACACACGGGAGAUGCGAGAUGUUCUCAGUUGCAAUGCAAGUUUGGCGAUUGCUCGGCUACAUUUGACGAGAAUGAAAAACUGUAUGCCCAUUUAAAGACACAUGGCGGCAUAUUCGAGUUGAAGGAUGAGUCGAAGAAGCAUAAAAAAGUUAACAGACCAUCGACUGUGAAGGGCGGUUCUAAGCCAAUAGUGGCACGACGAAAAUGUGAGUUCUGCAAAGAAUCAUUCGACACCAAGAUAAACGUUUACAACUUGCACUGCUUGGAAGCGCACGGUCGUACGCUGUACAACUGUUUCGUGUGCGCCAAGACGUUCUACCUUUUGGCGCACCUAAACGAACACAUCAAAAGUGGCCACGACGCCGAUACGGCCAAGUCCUUUAUCAUGCAGUCGCUGUGGCGAACCUUUCAGGAGGACAACGCGACCGUCAACGAGUGCCGGAUGUGCUUCCGGUUGUUCUCCUCGCCUCGGGCUGAAACGCAGCACCAAGAGUUUCACCUCAAAGAACUCUCGCUUACCUGCACAACCUGCGGCGGUAAACACUACACAAGUCAGUGCAACGAACCACGCCCAAAGUUCGGAACAGUCUACGAAAAGGUCCAAUGUCCGCAGUGUGAACGGUGGAUGUCCAAGAAGAACAUCAAGGAACACAUCGCAACGCAUGCCAACGAGCGCAACUUCCCCUGCACCGUGUGCAAAAAGACCUUCAAAGUGCAACGAACAGCCCACCGCCACAUCCAGAACCACAUCAACGCGCAGAACAAGCAACGCAAAUGCUACGACUGCGAGCAAGUAUUCAGCAACGAGGACGAACUCCCCAAGCACUACCAAACCUCCCACCCCGGAAAGCACCCGUACAACUGUCCCAUCUGCGGGCAAGGAUUCUACCAGAAACCGCAACUCGCCGAUCACGUGCACACCCACUCGGACGCGGACCGGAUCUCGGUAAAAAAUCCCGUUGAACACUACCAGGUGGGAAACGCGCGCGUGUACGAGUGCACCCUCUGCCGGAGGGGCUUCUCCGCGAAACGGACCGUGGUGGCACACUUUAUCGUGCACACCGAUCGGCCCUUUGUGUGCGAGCUGUGCGGGGCCUCGUUCCGGGCGAAGGCGGUGCUCGAGGAGCACGUGCUGGAUGUGCACAAGGUGAAGAUGGAAACGUGAUGAUUGCAGGGUACAACAGAGCGUUAUAAAGUGCAAAGUUUAAGUUAAGACAUUUUUAAAUAAACUGUAAGUAAAAAAUAAAAAAAAAUAAUUAAUUUAAA